AUGAAACUUCUAUGGGAGAAGAACAAAGUGAUGAUGGAGACUGCAGUCACAAAUUUAGCAAAUUUGCCCAAUUUAAAUGAUGACAUGAAGAAAAUUCUGGCUGGCAGAGAUGUUGACCCACAAGAGUUGACCCCAAAUCCAGCAGCUCCUGUUUCUGCGGUGGACUGGAUCCUGGAUGUGUUUCCCAGGGUUGAAUGUCGAGAACAAGCUGUUGGGAUGUGCCAGGCUUUGUUAGAAGAUGGUGUGCUUAUCCAUGUCUGUAGGGAACAUCCAUUUCUGGACAAGUAUUUAUUCUAUCGCUUCCUCGAAGACGACAAGGGUUCAUGGUCAUUUCCCACUGAUAUCGAUCUGGAAAAGGCUGAAGAUGAUUUCUUUGAUGUUUUGACUUCACUAGUUCAAGUUAGCCCCGAUGCCAUCAUGCGACAGAUUCUCAGAAAAACGCCGGAUGAAAGAAGUCAGGAGGAGAUUGAGAUCAUCUACGAAGAACUACUCCAGAUUAAACCUCUUCAGCAUUUGUCAUACACUGUGAAGAGAGAACUGGCGGGCGUCAUCAUGUUUGAAUCUCAUCCAAAAUCUGGAACUGUUUUAUUCAACCAAGGAGAUGAGGGCAGAUCUUGGUACAUAAUCCUCAAAGGAUCAGUGAAUGUGUCUAUUUACGGCAAGGGUGUUGUCUGUGUUCUUGGAGAAGGUGAUGACUUUGGUAAACUGGCUCUGAUGAAUGAUGCACCAAGAGCUGCAACCAUAGUUCUUGCUGAAGAUAACUGCCACUUUCUGAGAGUUGAUAAAGAUGACUUCAACAGGAUUCUCCGGGAUGUUGAGGCCUACACUGUGAGGCUCAAGGAGCACGGGCAGGAUGUACUGGUGUUGGAGAAGAUUCCUGUGACUGUGGACAUGAAUGGUUCAUUCCAUUCAGAGUAUAAGUAUUCGGUGAUGGCAGGCACACCAGAGAAGAUGCUAGAAUAUCUUCUGGAGACUGGCAUGGAAAAGAAAAAGGAGCACCCAACUUUAGAUACAUUCCUGGAUGAUUUUCUGCUCACCCACACCAUCUUCUUCCCUGUUGAUAAGUUGUGUGCAGCCAUCAUGAACCACUACCAUUCCAAGACCAGUUCUAGAGCCGGACAAGAGGAUGGAGACUUUGUGCUGUCACAGAAGAAAUGUGUGAUACAGUUUGUUAUAGCCUGGCACGAUAUUAACCCGGACACAUUCUCGGACUCCCCAACACUAAGCAGCUUCCUAGAGAUGUUGACAAAGUCUGUGUGUCAAGACUGUGUGGCCUAUCCUGGGCUGAUACCAGAUCAUGAAGCCCUUUUGGCUAUUACUAAUUUCAAAAAGAGCACAGGUAUUGCAAAACUGCAGAAGAAGAAAUCCCUGUUCCUGAGUCGAAGAGGUCAGACGAAGACCGUCAUUAAUGAGGGAGAUGGGGAUAGAAAUAGAAUCAUCAAACCAACAGAUGAGUACAUAUUUAAAGUCUAUUGUGCUGAUCACACGUACACCACCAUUCGACUUCCGGUCAACUCUACUGUCCGUGACGUCAUCCUCAGUGCCAGGGACAAGCUGUGUCUAGGUCAUGACCCAGUUUUAUGUGAAGUCAAAUCCAGCGGAGAACGAGUAGUUUUCAAAGAAAAGGACAGAUGCGUCAUGAAGUCCCUUAGUCUAAACGGACGAUUGUUCAUAGCACCACGAGAACACUUGGAUGCUUUGACACCAGUUCCAGAGCAAGAGGGUCCGAACUCUAGCACAAUGGCCCAGCUGGAGCUGAUGAGCACUAAGGAGCUGGCCCACCAGAUAACCUUGUAUGACUGGGAUCUCUUUAUUGCUGUCCCAGAGCUGCAGUACUGGGUGGUCACUGAAAUGGUUCUCCUGCCCAAUGUGGGAAAGAGGGUACAACUGUUGAGGAAGUUUAUCAAACUGGCUCAGCACUGCAAGGAGCAGAACAACUUUCAUGCCUUCUUUGCCAUCACCAUGGGGUUGGGCCACCUAGCUGUUAGUAGACUGUCACAGACCUGGGAGAAGCUGCCUGGAAAGUUGAAGAAGCUCUUCUCAGAGUUUGAAAUCUUCAUGGAGCCGGCUAGAAACCACAGACCUUACAGGCUGACUGUCAGCAAGCUCAAGAGUCCCAUAAUUCCAUUCAUGCCUCUUCUGAUGAAAGACAUGACUUUCACGAAUGAAGGAAACAAAACUUAUUAUGAUAAUAUGGUCAAUUUUGAGAAGAUGCAUAUGAUUGCACAGACACUCAGAACAAUCAGGUACUGCCGUCAGAAUCACAUGGAGCCUGAAGCUCCCGAGUCAGUGAAGGCCACUGCUGAUAUCAAAGCCUACAUAAGGAAUCUCAAUGUGAUCGACAACCAGCGGAUUCUGACAAACCUCUCCCACAAAUGUGAACCUAGAAAAGGCUGA